UCGCCGGGCUCACAGCAGCCUUGGCCGCCACUGCCGAAGCCCAGCUCCCGACUUGGCGGCCUCUGGGGUGUGGCCGGCCACCGGGGACCCCCCCAUCACCAUCGGAGCCCCCCACAUCGCCACUCAGGACCCCCACAUCACCACAGGGAGCCAGGCCCUGCUCCUUCCCUGGCCAGCAGCUGGUGACGGCCCGACGCCGGCCCCGCCGGUGCCCCCGGAGGGGUUGGCGUUGCCCCCCGGAUGCCGCCGGGAUGCCGGGAACGUCGCUGUGACCGCCGCGAGCCCGGCCCCGCGGCCGGCCGCCGGCAGCCCUCGGCGUGAGCGGGCGGGCGGGAUGGCCCCCGGCGCCCCGUGAGGGCCGCGGCCACGAGGCCAUGCUGCUGGGCCCCUGGCUGCUGGCGGCGGCGGCGGCGGUGGCGGCGGCGGGCGCGGGCUGCCCGGUGCUGUGCAGCUGCCGCGGGCAGGCGGUGGACUGCAGCGGGCAGCGGCUUUUCUCCGUGCCCCCCGAGCUGCCGCUGGACACCGGCAACCUGAGCCUGGCCCACAACCGCAUCGCCAGCAUCCCGCCGGGCUACCUGGGCUGCUACGGGCAGCUGCGCGCCCUCGACCUGCGCAACAACUCGCUGGCGGCGCUGCCGGCCGGGCUGUUCCGCGGCGCCCGGCGCCUGGCGCACCUGGACCUGAGCUACAACAACUUCAGCCUGGUGCCCGCCGACAUGUUCCGCGAGGCCAGCGCGCUGCUGCGCCUCGACCUCAGCCACAACCCGGGGCUGCGCCGCGUCCACCCCCAGGCCUUCCGCGGCCUGGCCCAGCUGCGCGAGCUGGACCUCAGCUACGGCGGCCUGGCCGCCCUCAGCCUCGACGCCCUGGAGGGGCUGCCCGGCCUCGUGGGGCUGCGCCUGGGGGGCAACCCCUGGCUCUGCGGCUGCGCCAUGGAGCCGCUCCUCAAGUGGCUGCGGGGGCGCAUCCAGCGCUGCUCCUCGGGUAGGUGCCGCCGGGACCCCCGCGCCCCGUCCCGCGCGGGGGCCGGCGGCCGGGCUGACGCCGUCCCUCCGUCCCGCAGAUUCGCAGCAGGCGGAGUGCUGGGCUCCCCCCGAGGUGGCGGGGGCCCCGCUGCUGUCGCUGACGGAGGAGAGCUUCCAGGCCUGCCACCUCACGCUGACCCUCGACGACUAUCUCUUCAUCGCCUUCGUCGGCUUCGUCGUCUCCAUUGCCUCGGUGGCCACCAACUUCCUGCUGGGCAUCACGGCCAACUGCUGCCACCGCUGGAGCAAGGCCAGCGAGGACGAGGAUGUUUAGGGACCGACGCUGCCACCACCGCCGAUAGACCCCCGCCCCGGCCACUCCCCGGCCCGGCCGCCCCCGCGGGGACACCAGACUGUGCCUUGUCCGCGUCCCCUCCCACCGCCCCCCGUGCUGGGGUGGCCCUCGAGACGCCGGGGACACCAGGGGACAGCCCUGCUUCCUUUUGCCCCAAACUGGGGAGUUUUUGCACCCCCCAUCACCGUGAGCUUGGACCCCUUCCUGUGCUGUUCCCACUGCCCAGGACUGGUUAAGGCAGCAAUUUGGGAAUCCCCUGGGAACCCCCCCACCUCUGCCUGGGAGAGACAGAGGACAAAGUGUGUGUGCCCCACUCUCCUGGGGGCUUUGAGGAAAUCCUGGCUUUCAGCCCCAAAGCAGCACCGCUGGAGCACCCCAAAUCCUGCACCUACUCUCCAGCCUCCCCAAAAAUCCAGGGGGGCAGGAAGCAUUGCUGACACCCAGCUUGUCACCACCGUUCCAGGGCAUGCCUGCACCAUGCUGGUGACAUCGGGAUGUGCUGGAACAGCACCAGGACCACUAAGCCUGGCAGUGGGACGGGUUGUGACAUCUCAAGGGGAUGGGAUCUCCCAAGGAUGGCACCUUCCACGGAUUGCAUCUCCCAGGGAUGACAUCUGCCUCCUCUUUGGGGCCAACCCGGGCACCACCAUUGCCCACCCUGGGGGAGGUUUGGGAGGUGGAAGGAGCUCUACAAAA